AUGGCACGAUUCGGCCUCUUCGGCCUCGCUGUGGCCGGCUCGGUGCAAACGGCGCUGGCCGGCUGCAAACCCCACAAGCCGGUGCUCUCCUGCUCGGCGGAAGCCGAGUCCGGCCUCGUCGACUCCUGCAAAGUCGAAACUUUCGGCGGUCUCGUCCUCUCCACCCAAUUCUGGGACACCUACACCGGCCUCGAGUCCGAAGGCCAGCUCCUCCCCGCCAACUCCUUCACCCUGCACGGUCUCUGGCCCGACUUCUGCAACGGCUCCUGGACGCAGUACUGCGACUUCGCCCGGCAAUAUGACCCCAAGCCCGACCCCAACACCACCACGGGCAAACCCGACGGCGUGCCCGUCCCACCCUACACGGGCCCCUCCGUCGACACCUUCCUGACCGCGCUCGGCCACCCAGGCCACAAGCUCCUCGCGUGGAUGAACAAGUACUGGAUCGCGCAGAAGCAGCCUAACCACCAGCUCUGGGCGCACGAGUUCUCCAAGCACGCGACCUGCUUCAGCACCUUUGCGCCGUCCUGCUUCUCCCACAAGGACCUCAAGAAGCACCAGGAUCUCCUCACUUUCUUCGACGUCUCCGCCCAGUACUUCAAAUUCCUCCCCACCUACGACUGGCUGGCGGCCGCCGAUAUCACCCCCAGCAACACCACCAGCUACACGCUGGUCGAUAUCCAGUCCACGCUUGCCUCGCACCACGACGGGCAGGUGCCGUACCUGGGCUGCUCGGGCAAGCGGUACAAUGAGACGGAGGCUGGCAAGGGGUCGUUGGAUAACGGGUUUACUGCGUUGACCGAGGUGUGGUAUUAUUACCAUGUGUAUGGGCCGGUGCAGGCAGGUAAGGGCAAGCCGGUUGGGGCUGAUAUCAACGGUGGCAGCAUCAGCAGCUGUGCGAAGGCGGAGGGCGCGGUGUGGUAUUAUGAGCGCGCUAAGGGAUCGGAGAGGAAGGCGUAA